AACAAAACAUAAGAAGAACAAAGAGCAGCAAGAGUCGUUCAUGAAGAAUUUGAUCCUUAUUUCUCUUUUCUUCCCCUCUUCCUAUGUUCGAGCUAUUUCGCUACGCCCCUCUUGUUGAUGCCCGGAGCGAUAAAGAGUCGAUUGUUGAUGCACAAACUCAUUCUUUCACGCUUGAGCGCUUCAAAAACAAUCUGCCCCGAACGUGAGAGAGAGUCUUUUGUCCGAGUGAGAACGACGGGAGUCCUUUUAGUGCCUUUCUUUAGUUUCCUACGCAUACUCCUGAAUGAGGAUAUGAGACUGAGCCCGAGUGAUUCUUCUUCUUCAUUUGAGCAGACUCCUCGGUAGCAGCAGGGAGAGAAUGAAAGCAAAGAGCUGCAGCAGCCAAAUAAACGUCUUCCAAAGAAGAUCUAUAUCUAUUUCCCACGUCGAAUCAUUACUUUGGUUCCGCAAGACGGAAUCUGAAGAGAUACCUGUCGCGGGAGGAGCGAGGAUACGACGCCACUUCUGAAGUGCUUUUUUUAAUCUUUAGAAAAAGAGUGAGAAUAAAGAAGGAAAGAAAAAACACUCCCGUCGUUAUCACGAAGAAUUUGAUCUUUCUUUGAGUUUUCUGCCCAAAAAAAUAUUUGAUCACUCGGACCAUGAACUCAUAUUAACUCAUAGGGAUUGCCGGAAACAAGCGCUCAAGGGCAAAAGAGAAUCCGCGAGCGAGUACAAAGAAAGAAUGAGUUCGGGGAAGAUAAAGAAAGAAGCGCUCAAGGGUACCGAACGAGUACAAGGGUCCAGAGCGAGAGAAGAGAGGGACACUCUCGAUAUCCCGAACGAGAGAAUCAGUUUGAGGGGCGAAGAGCUGAACGAAGGGAAGGGGCGAAGAGGCUAUAAGGUAAAAGGCACUCGAGCGACAGCGUGAAAGAACGUAGCCGGGGGCGAGUGUUCUUCAAGAAAGACCUACCAGUUCAUAGAAGGCUAUGGUUCAGUCACCGAGGAACCUUAAAAAACCGGGCCCGAUUUGGGUUAUUGGAUUAAGGGUACGCAAUUGGCUUAGUAGCCUUUCCCGGAGAUUGAGCUAACUGCAUGUCGAGCGCUUAAGCGGAGCUUGUGGUCACUCGUUCCUCGGCGGACAUACAUAUCGUGAAGGGAUGGUAUAAAUGAAGAUCAAUUGAGCUAUAAGAGGCCAUAUGGGAGUAGGGGGAGUAGUCUCCUUUGCCUGUGCAUCUGACAAGGAUGUUCCAACGCGUUCCAAACGUUCAAUGCUCUCGAGAGGUUUGUGUAGGAGAAUUGGGGAUGGGAGCAGCACUCGUUUCUGGGGUUUCGACUCCUCCGGGUGUCUCUUCGAAGGGUUUUCUCAACCCGGCAUUUCCAUAGAACAGCGAGGAAAUCUCUUUGAAUCUAACUCGAAAUAAAUUAAGAGAAGAAGAAAUGCCCAAAACCUCCCGCGCUUUACGUUGGUCAACAACCAAAAUAAACUAACGUUUUUCCAACACAAAAUUCUAUCCAGUGAAAAUGUUGUCUCCCCUUUCUUUUUUUUUGAGGGAGCAGAACAAAAGAGACUGUCAAAGUCAACUCAUGUUUUCACUCCAUUUUCAUUACGAAGAUGUAUCACGUCAAGAUCCGUUGCUCAAACCGAAUCACGCCAACGUUAUGGAAGUUCCUGGAUCGUGUGAAAUAAGAGUAGUACCAAAGGCACCCUAUAAUUUAAUAAUCAAAAAUGGAAAAUUGGCUAUGGAGAUUCCGCGCGGUCAGAAAUUCAUACAGACACAAAGGGGUUCGACAGGAAAGUGGUUUCGAAAAAAUCUAUUCUUGGGGUCAAAUAAAGACAAAGGAUAUGUCAGUGACCUGGCACGACAAAGCACUCUCCGAGGGCAUGGAAUGUCUCAUUUUUCGGUAAGAAUCGCGAUAGUAAUGUCUCUGUUAGAUUCUCCGGUCGCAAUACGGGAAAACUCCAUUCAAUUCUCGAUGGAAAGGGAGUUUUGCGAAUUCUCCCCGGAACUGGAAGAUCAUUUCGAGGUCUUCGAACAUAUUCGAGGGUUCAAUGUGACUAUUGUGACUUCGGCCAACACACAAGAUGAGACUUUACCACCGUGGAGCGGCUUUUUGCAGGGGGAAGGACUCAGCUCUUUGAAAGCUUUCACCUCGACUAGAAGAUAGAAGAAGGAAGCCUAGAAGCAAGCACAGGCCUUACCUUCCGCCUUGUCCUUAGAUAGAAGAAGAACAGGAGAAAGAAGAAUGGAAAUAACCAUAGUUAUUUCCGCUCUUGUCGGAAUUGCUACUAGAAAGGAGUUCUCACCGGGAAAUCUCUUUAGACUUUAGAAAAGAAAAGUCCUAAGCAGCAAGGUCAGUCAAUUCUUUCUUUUCCCACGUGCCAUUGAUUUAGCUGAAUUAGCUCUUGCCGUAAGCGCUCUUGCACGAGUACUGUACCACGAGUACACUAACGAGAGAGGAAGUACGAGCAGAAAUCAGUAGUCACUCUUCGCCUUUCAAGAUAUUGCGUUUCAUUUCAUAGAUAGAGAAAGAGCCUCUUUAGCGACCGAGAAUCUUAUGUCAAAAGGACCAACGACGAUGAAGG